AUGGAAAACCUGCGAAUUUUCCACAAUGCGUUCCAAGGAUCUUUACCAACCGAGCUUGGGCUGAUGACAAGCAUGAUAGAGUUUUAUGCUUAUGAAAGCUCCCUCAGUGGAACCCUACCAUCAGAGCUGGGCAAGCUGACCAGUUUAGAACACAUGGAAAUUCACGAAAAUGCUUUCACAGGCCCUUUGCCAACAGAGCUUGGACUGAUGACCAGCAUGACUGAGCUUGAUGUUCAUGAGAACUCUCUCAGUGGCAUUUUUCCAUCUGAGCUAGGAUGGUUGAAAAGCUUGGAAGGACUCUUCCUUUGGCAGAAUGAGUUCACUGGUACCUUACCAACUGAGCUUGGGCUGAUGUCCAGCAUGACUGGUUUUCUUGCCUCCAGCAACUCUUUGAAUGGUGGCAUACCAUCUGAGGCCGGAGGAUUGACCGGCUUGGUAAGACUGUACCUUUGGGGGAAUGAGUUCACUGGCACUUUGCCAACUGAACUUGGGCUCUUGACACGCAUGACUGAUUUCCAGCCUGCCCUAAAUGCUUUUGGUGGACCCAUCCCAUCUGAGCUUGGGCUUUUGACAAGCUUGGAAGACCUACGAAUUUUCCACAAUGCGUUCCAAGGAUCUUUACCAACCGAGCUUGGGCUGAUGACAAGCAUGAUAGAGUUUUAUGCUUAUGAAAGCUCCCUCUGUGGAACCCUUCCAUCAGAGCUGGGAAAGCUGACCAGUUUAGAACACAUGGAAAUUCACGAAAAUGCUUUCACGGGCCCUUUGCCAACAGAGCUUGGACUGAUGACCAGCAUGACUGAGCUAGAUCUGCAGGAGAAUUCUCUCAGUGGCAGUUUUCCAUCUGAGCUGGGAAGAUUGACUCAAUUGGAAAAAAUGUAUCUUUCUGACAAUGCCUUCACAGCUUGCCUGCCAAGUGAAGUUGGGAUGUUAGCUCAAUUGACACGAAUUUACCUUGACGACAAUUCCUUCACAUGUCCUCUGCCAACUGAACUUGGGAUGUUAAGUCAAUUGGAACGAAUGUACUUCCACCGAAAUGCAUUCACUGGCACUUUGCCAGGUGAACUUGGCCUAGCAACAAGCAUGGAAAGAAUGUACCUGUAUCUGAAUGUACUCACUGGCACUUUGCCAAGUGAGCUUGGCCUAGCAACCAGCAUCGAAAGAAUGUCUCUUUAUGAGAAUUCCUUCACAGGAUUCUUCCCAUCCGAGUUUGGAAGACUGACCAGCAUGAUUAGUAUGAGUCUUCGAAGCAAUUCACUUUCUGGUUCCCUGCCAACUGAUGCUGGGAUGCUGACUCAAAUGACAUUGCUAAGCCUGAGAAGCAAUGCAUUUGGUGGACCGUUGCCCAGUGAAGCUGGGUUGCUUACACAGCUGUCGGGUCUGUGGCUCAAUGAUUGUUCAUUCUCUGGGUUUAUUCCCAGCGAGCUUGGGCUGAUGGAAUCAAUACAGACACUGAACCUCAGCAACAACUCCUUUGUUGGUUUGGUCAUUUCCGAAUUGGGGCAGCUCGAAAGUCUUCAGGAACUGGAUCUUUCAUCCAGUCCACCCUCCCUGAGAGGACCAUUUCCGUUUGGUUCCUUGCCCAGCAGCCUGGGUUACCUGAAUAUCUCUGGCAGUCCUGGUCUGAUAGGGACCAUCCCAGAAGAGCUCUGUUUCCUUCAAAAUUCCUCUUGCUUUUAUGAUGAGGAAGAGUGUUCGAUAGACUUUGAUUGUUCCAAUUUGCUUUGUGGAUGUGAUUGCGAAUGUUGA